AUGGACCCUUCAGGCAACAACUCCCCCAUCGGCAAGCAGGUUUGGCUCGCGACUGAAAGUGUCCGGGCUGGCACUAUCACUCAUACGUUCGACAACCCCAGCGCGAUCUUGCCAUACCCCGCCGGAUACACCCAUGAUCUGAGCCUCAUCACCGAUGAAAACUUACCCACAUUGGUCAGUCCGCCCGGAUACCCAGUAAUAUCGGAGUGGGCCACAUACUCGAACGCCCUCAGUGGGUGUAGUGUCUAUGCAGCCAGACAAAAUGUUGUUGUUGGCCGGUGGGCAACACUGUACGAGACUAUUGAUCCCGAUGCCUUUCGCGGCGCUACAGUUUGCGGAGCGGAUUAUCCUUGGGAUAGAGAGGCUCGGUCGCAAACGGCUGCAUUGUUGUGGAAUACACUGGAGCCCUUUACUCCAGCGAUUGGAUGGUCCGGUUCUGUUCUUUGCGUGGGACAGCCAACAGACACGUUUUCGAGAGCAGUUGUGUUCCAGAACUAUGAGGUGGAAGUCCGGGCUAACGAGAAAACUGUUAUCCUGAAAGCUGGCUUCUUACUGCCGAAAGCCAUCAGGGUGGCCACAAUCGUGACCAACCCGGAGGAUUAG